GGGCUUCCGUAGCCGAGCGACACAUGACCAGGAAACAAGGAAGUGUUGUCUCUAUCAGAAACAGGGCCGAGUCUGUUCUUGUUGUGUUUUUUUUUUUCCUUCGGAGGUGGACUCACUGAUCAUUUCCACGCUCUUAAAAGACACCGAGGAGAGGGAAGAGGCGGAAAUCUUCCGUCGUUUUAGAUUAGGUUAUAAAAAUGGGCUCUAAACGCUCUUGUUUGUUUAGUUUGUUCACUUGUGUCCUUAUCUGCGUCACUUUAUGGAGCCACCUGAGCAGCGGGGUAUUUGCAGCAUCAUACCGGAGACCUAACAUUGUUUUGAUCCUAACUGACGACUUAGACAUCGCUAUAGGAGGUCUGGUAAGUGAAUUAUUGUGUUUUAUCGUCUUUUUUACAUGUGCUUCAUGUUUUAAAGGAUCACCGGAGAGUCGUGACUGUGUAUUUACAGCUCUGUUACAGCACCUAUCUUUGGAGAAAAACGUGAUUAACUAAAUUAAACUUGACAUUUAGUCCGUCGUGAUCGAGCUGACCGCUGACAUUCCUCCUGGUUGGACACAUCAUUCAGGCAUCUCACACAGUCAGCAGCCUGAUCACUUGUUCAGUCUGCUCCCAGUUACACAGAAAACAGACCCGCCUACCUCCCUCUUUCCUGAAGCGAUAAUAAACCCAAUUCCCUCUGAAAUCUGGAGAUUUAAGAGCAUAAUCCUACACCAAAGUAUGCACAGUUCAAGAUGGAGAAUGGUGAAUAACCUUUAGCUUUUCUGAUGCCCGUAAAGUCUUGAUAAACAGAGAUCAAGUAUGUAAAUUAACUGAUCACAUUUUACUUAUCAAUCAUAGCAUUUUCAAUCCAUAGAACAACAGCAAAAAGUAAAUACAUAAACUACUAUGUCCAUCUCAUUCAAGUUCACUUGUUUCAGAGUAAGUUGCUAAAAACGGCUAUUAAAGGGAUAUUAUGGUGUUAAAUUAAUUUAGGGUAAAACUUAUUGCAACACAGAAUUAGACACCCCCUUGAGAGAUGAAUGUUGCCGACUGCUUGCUUCUCUAGUUAUACCAACUUUAGUAAUGACCGCACGAUAGUAAUACAGAGAGCCACACACUCAACCAAAACGCCAUUCCAUAGCCACAAAUAAUGCUCAGAACAGCACCUAACUUCAUCAACAAUACAUACAGCUUUGCCUGAUUUCUUUAGCAAAGAGACUAAACACAACUCACCUACUCUCUUCCAGCAGCCGCUUGUUUGUAGCGAGACCUCUGGCCAGUCCAUUACAGACUGCAGCGGGGUGACGCAGCUCAAGGAAGAACAUUUAUGAUCAUUUCUUUAUCAUUUCCAUGAAGUAAUAAUCACCAUAUUAAUCAUUUUGCACUGCAGACGCGGUAGUUCUUCUGCCUUAGCGUCUCCGUCUGAUUGCAUUUCUAUGAAGAAAUGAUCAUAAAUGUUCUUCCUUGAGUUGCAUAACCCCUCAGCACUCCAUAAUGGACUGCACAAUGGACUGGCCCGAGGUCUCGGCUGCUGGAAGAGAGUAGGUGAGUUGUGUUUAGUCUCUUUGCUAUGUUUGGUGGCUAGUACUAUGGCUAGGACCCUAUAUGUACUGUUGAUGAAGUCAGGUGCUGUUCUGAGCCUUAUUUGUGGCUAUAGAGUGGCGUUUGGUUGAGCGUGUGGCUCUUUGUAUUGCUAUCUGUGGUUGUUACUAAAGUUGGUAUAACUGGAGAAGCAAACGGUCGGCAACAUUCAUCUCUCGACGGGGUGUCUAACUCGGUGUUGCAGUGGGUUUGACCCUAACUUAAUUUUACGCCGGAAUAUCCCUUUAACAUCCCAUCAAGUCACUUUAUCAAUAUAUAACUUGAAAAAGGAGAGUUUAUAAUCCUGCUGCAUGGUAUGUAAUGUUUAUUGUCAGUGUGAUAGAGCUGUUUAUUCAGCUGCUAGGUUGGCACAUACCCCCUCUCACCGGUUUAGGCAUUAAAGAUUUCAACAAAAAUAUGACCAGUCUCAUCGCUGAUGGUGUCGUAUGUUUUUUUAAGAUAUAAGGCUGCUUCAUUAGGGCAAAAACUGAACGGUGUUGCACGCUGAUUUUAGCUCGUAAUGAGGACAGAAAAGAGAGAGCUGUAUGAGGGGAGGGGCGGACUUCCACACUCCGCUUUUUAUGAAGAAAAAGAGAGUGUGCUUUGUUUACCAUAUAGGAAAAAAUGAGUGAGACACAGCAGGCAGCCCAAAACGUUUAGUAUGGAUUAUUAUAUUUUUAUGAUCAAGGGAAGCCAUAAUUGUAAUUGAAACCCAAUUAAUCGUCCAGCUCCAGGGGGAUAUUCAUUAGCUGUGAUCUAUUCUUUGUUUCACUAAGUAAAGGUCUCACUGCACUAAAUCUGCUCCUUCCAGAAUCCACUCAAGAAGACAAAGAAACUAAUUGGUGAUGCGGGAAUAUCGUUUACAAAUGCGGUAAGUAGAGUCAUUAUGACCAACUCUUUUAAUGAUGCAUCAUGUCUGAUCAGCUGGUAUUCAGAGGAUUAAAAGGAGUAAAAGGAUCUGAUUUAAAGCCAUUAUCUAUCCCUCGUCUGUUUUAUUUUACCCUAACCCUUCAGUUUGUUGCGAGUCCACUCUGCUGUCCCAGUCGUGCCAGCAUCCUGACAGGGAAGUACCCCCACAACCACCACGUCAUCAAUAACACAAUAGAGGGGAACUGCAGCAGCAAAGCCUGGCAGAAGAGCGAGGAAGCUCACACCUUUCCAGCCAUACUGAAGAAUCACGGAUACCAGACCUUCUUUGCUGGGAAAUACCUCAACCAGGUCAGUGACAAAGACAUCUAUAUUAAUGAAGCCUUGUUUGCUGCACAUAAACGCAGAUAUCUGAAUACAGAGAUUUAAAGUUAAAGCUUCAUUAUUGACACUUGACAGCUGAUGUAUUUGGAAAUAGUUUGGGAUGUAUGCACAGCCAUUAAAACGUCCUGUAUUUACAAAAUAGGUCCACGGGAAAAUGGGAAACAAUGACCCUGAACCCUGUCUCUCCUCAGCCUCUCUUUUCUCUUUAUCUCAUUGUUUUGAAACUUUCUAACUUGUGACACCUCCAAAAGAUCCCUAAAUUCAAUUCUUUAUCUCAGGUCAACAAAUACAAGGUCCUCAGCAUGGAGAUAUGGAUUUAAGGAGUUUAACUUGAGCGAUGUUUUCCUUUUUUUGACGGCAGUUUCAGACAGUAAAUUAUUCCUCUGGACUAAAAUAAAUCAGUCUGUGAGCUGUGCAGCCAUUAAAUGCAUCAUCCAUGAUCCUCAAAGGGAUUUUUUUAAUCACUAGUUUAAUGCAUGACAUAUUCUGCUUUAUGACAGAUGUGCUAUCAUUCACAUUAAACUGGACAUACCCAGAGAAGGUGACAUUAGAAAAGUUGUGAUGGACUUCUGCAGGAGAAUCAGAGCUUUGCAAUCGACACACCUUCAAAUACAUACAAGUGCAGCUCAAAAAUCCAACCUGGACUUUUCCACAAUAUUCAAAUGUUUUUUGGAUCGUGGAUGUUUGAUUUUUGGCUUGCGGGACAAGAUGUUGCUCCACUUUUGAUAUGGAGUUUUGACCAGAACUAGUGUUUUUUUUCCUCUUUUUAUCUGCGUCAUGUUCUCUCUUUAUUUCAGCUGUAACAACAAGUUUCCCUCUCUUGCAUCUAAAUCUGUGUUUACGUCAUUAAACACGCUCAUAAAUCUGUUUGUGUGUUCCAGUACGGUCACUCAGACGCCGGCGGGAUGGAGCAUGUGCCUCCAGGCUGGAGUUACUGGGUCGGACUGGUAAGACCACACCAUGCUGUUAAACCCUCUCAGCCUCAAAUUUACCCCAGGCUCCUUUUUUCCCUCUGAUAUCACUGCUCAGUUUUGGAGAAUUAAGCCUUCAGCUAUUGAAGUGGUCCUGCUAGCAGAAAUGUUAACGUCUUACUAAUUAAAACCAGCUCAGCUUGUUCCAGGAAUUUACUGCAGCUCACUGUUGAACUCGUGGAAAUGUGUCGCACUUUCUAAGGAGCACAAAAUACUCCAGAUGGAAACUUUAGUGCCAGUUAUGGUAUUUUAUCAGACUCUACUUGUCAGUUAUUUCUCCUCUAAUCACUCCUUUUGGGUAGUUUCAGAGGUUCUUUGAAAGUUUAAAAGAAAGCCUUUCCUGAUAAUGGAACUUUCUUUUCCAGCAUAUUUUCUGUUUUUUCCUGAACAUUAAAAAGUUUGCAUAAGCGGUUUGAGCUGACUGACCCCUGUGUGGUGAGGUUGAUCUGAGUUCAGUCAUUUAUCAGCAUGAAGCUGAUGUGGUCAUGUGACUACAGUCUCCCUGCAGAAGGAGCCAGACUAACGAAGGCUAAAAUAAGAUUACUCAGAAUUUACUGUACUCCUCUGACUGCAUGACAGAAGUUAUUACUUGGAGGUCAUAUCUGUGGUGCAGAACAGUUUAUCUUCAGUGCUGCUGAACAAACACAGAUGUGAGAGCGGAUCUCAUGACCUGACAGCUCUUGGUAACACAGAGAGACUCAUGCAGAUAUCUGCUGUUGCAUUACAGUGAAGCUGUGACGACAAAUGGAUCAGUCGUCAUUCUUCUUUACCUUUAAAACCCCCAGACCCUCCUUCAGACUUGAUUUUGGGCAAACAACACCUAUUAGUCUCAAAGGUGCCACUAUAUUUGAGAUAAGGCUAAACCACUACACCUUUCAUUGGAAAAACUGAGAGAACUGCCUGACUUACUUCUUUACACAGACACAGUAUGAACUCUGUAACACACCCACAUAAAGAGCGAAGGAGCUCAUGUUCAUGUGACGCUUCUGAAUUUAACCUUUGCAACACAAAUAAGCGCCGUUCAUAACAGUCAGAGAAAGCAUGCCAGAGCCCACAUGAUAAACACCACACCUUCUCGAGGUUAGAAAUGAAGCUACAAAAAAGACUGCCUGCACUCAGUCUGAGAUUUUACUGUUACUUUUUAGAAACAUGUAGUGAAAAUGUUCAAAAAUGUUAGCUUCAGUUCAACCCACUUAACGAUGUUCCCCGCUGUGUUGUCUCGGUCACGCUGAGUUAACGGUGAAGCGCCAUGUAAUAUACGCAAGCUAGCAUUAGAGUUAGCCACCUGCUAUUAGCCUUGCUACACUGUUAGCCGUGCCAGUAACGGUAGAAUAAACAGCGGCCCCAAGAAAUCCAUAUUGGUCGGGCCCUAAUAUUCAUACUUUCUAUCCACUGCUUUAACCAUUUUCUCCCAGUUAUGUGACUAAGAAGUUAUAUAUUUCAAAAUAAAAGCUCAGUUUACAAUGUUAGAAAUAAAGCAACCUAAGGGCAAGACAGACAAAUAUCAAAAUAAAAGCAUGACGAUCAUGUCUUCUCUAGUAAAUUCAAAUAUUAUCAGAAAUGGAUUAUAAUAGCUGCGUGCAUUAGCAAAGCAAGGUGAAUAUCUGAUUAGUUUUAUAAUGUAUAACAUGCUAUAUAUUUGGGAAUUUGUCCUCCUGUAAUUCAAGCAAGAAAACUUCUCAUGUAUCAGAAAACAUCUGAGGUGGAAAGAGGGAACGUCUACUGUAAAAGUAAGAGGAGAAAGUAUUUAAGAAGAGCUGUUUGUGUUUUGUUUUUGUUUUUUUGCAGGAGAAGAACUCUAAAUAUUAUAACUACACUCUGUCAGUGGAUGGAAAACCUCAAAUACAUGGAGCGGACUACAGCAAGGACUACCUGACUGACGUCCUGGUGAGGCUCCUCAGUCAAUUGAUUUUAAUGCUACACUGAUGUUGUUGAAAUGAGUUUUAGGGUUGUAAAAAAUGACUAUAAUUGUACAAUUUACAGCGUGUCAUAAAGUGAUCUCUUCUGAAUACCUCUUUGUGAGUGAAAUUUAGUGCUGAGUGCUUUAGUGAGUGAGUCAGUAACUUUUUAUGAUCUUGAUUUUACAGAUUACAUCAUGUUUUUAUAAGACCUUCUCUGUUCCCUCUUUCUCUCUCUCUCUCUGUGUCUGUCUCUCUCAGGCCAACAUGUCCCUGGACUUCCUCAUGUAUAAAUCAAAUUACCAGCCGUUCUUUAUGAUGGUCUCCACGCCGGCGCCACACUCCCCGUGGACGGCGGCUCCUCAGUACCAGAACAGCUACAACGAUACAAAAGCUCCCAGAGACCCAAACUUUAACGUCCACGGGAAGGUACGACUUCUCUCUGACCUUAUGAUAUGAAAACUGGACGACUCUGAUAUCCUGUCAAGACACAAAAAUAUUUAAAUAAACUCACUGUAUGUUAUUUCAGUGGAGUUAGUUUGUUUACUUUUGUAUUCUUCACCUCUUCUCCUCAGGACAAACACUGGCUCAUCAGACAGGCUAAGACCCCCAUGACCAACUCCUCCAUCCAGUUUCUGGACAAUGCUUUCAGGAAUCGGUCAGUCUCUGCUGCCUCUCUUCCUCCUUUUAAACUCUUGAUUUUACUGGUCCGCCGUCAUGAACUUCAUCUUUUGACGACUUUUCCAGGACAAAGGACCUUUUGUCUGUUAUUUUCUUUGAAAUUAGUUGAUAAGAAGUGAAGGUUUUUACCUGAUUGAAUGUGUUUUGAAUGCAGGUGGAGAACUUUACUGUCAGUGGAUGACCUGGUGGAGAAAAUAGUGAAAAGGUUGGAUGUCAGAGGUGAACUGGACAACACAUACGUCUUCUUUACCUCCGACAACGGCUACCACACAGGUAUCUAACCGCACACACACGUAACUUUUUAUUAAUAUGGAUCUGAUGUCAAAUAAAAAGGUAUCUAUACUUCUGAACAGACUGUGAAGAAUGCAAAAAUUAAGACGAAACAAGUGAUUCAAGCAUUGUUGGAGGGAUUUAUGGGCUCGGUGUGAUCAGGCACAAAGUCCACACUGAGUGGAGAACCCACUCAGUGUGGACUGGGAGGUUUAAGUCCUCCUCCUGCUGUGUUUGUCUUACUGAUACAGAACAGAGUGAAAUUAUUCAAACAGAGGAGGUUUCAUGAACAUUUAAAGAAAAACUGACAGUGUCUGUUUGACUUUUAUGUUUUAGGUCAGUUCUCUCUUCCUCUUGAUAAACGGCAGCUCUACGAGUUUGACAUCAGAGUUCCUCUCAUGGUCAGAGGACCGAAUAUCAAGCCCAACCAGACAAACGAGGUAUGAACGCACACACACACAUACACACACACACACACCAACCUGCAUGUUUAAAGCCUGUUUUUUUCUGCAUUGGUCUAAGUCAUAGUGGCCAAUGCCUUACUUUACAAAACUCCACCAAAGAACGAUUUAGCCUGUAAUUCCUAUACGAGUCAAAUCACCGGUUUCUGUUCUGGUGGACUAAAUCUGUCCAGUUUAACCAAUUUGAUUCAAAGGCAAAACUGUGGAGUUGUUUACUUGUGGAAAACACUGACAGAACAUUAAUGUGACUGACUAUAAUGGUGAAAAAAUAAGUCCCGCUCUAAGCUGACAUAUUUGGCUCUUUUUGUCCACAGCUGCUGGUGGCAAACGUAGACCUCGGCCCGACCAUUCUGGACAUCGCCGGCUACGACGUCAACAGAACGCAGAUGGACGGCAUGUCUUUCCUGCCGAUUAUGGUGAGAUUGAGCUUCACAUCUUUUAACUCAUUUCUUAUAUAAGUUCAGAAAAACGAAAUAUAUAUGUAUUUAGAUAUUCAGGGGAUUUUACACUAAUUUAAACAUCCCUGUAAUUUUAAUGUUCCAUUUCUACCAAGUCUGUUUCUGUAAUCGCCGCUGAAUACUACGAACUGCACCUUUAACACCAAGCUGAAUUUAAAAAGUUUCAUGUACUUCUCAGUGCUUUAUGAAUAUGAAAGUUUAUACUCAGUGCUUUACAGAUAUAAAAAAAAAUGCAUAAAUAUUCUAUAUAAAGUAAAAAUGAAUUUUAAGUUGUCUAUUUCAAAUAUGAUUGAACAAAAACAAAGACAAAACUGUGAAAAUAGAAAUAAAAAAAUAGAAAAUAAAAAUAAAAAAUAGUAGAGGAUCACUAAUGUCAUCUGUAACCAAAUAAAUAUGACUGUUAUUUUUAAUGUUUGUGUCUCCAUCACCAGGAGGGGCAGAUGAACAGCAGCAGCUGGAGGACGGACAUCUUAGUGGAGUAUGAAGGAGAGGGAAGGAACGUAACAGACCCAUCCUGCCCUCUGCUGGGACCAGGAGUGUCGGUAUGAGCUCAAACGUUAAUAUCAUCAGUAAGAGGGAGAGUAGCUGGAUGAUUUUCUAACGUACUCACUUUCAUUUAUUUCUGCAGGAGUGUUUCCCAGACUGUGUGUGUGAGGACUCUUACAACAACACCUACGCCUGUGUGCGCACAGUCGCCCCCUCUGAAGACCUGCAGUACUGCGAGUUUGAUGAUAACGAGGUGAGAAGUGAUUUCAAUUUCAGAGACAGUUUUGGCUUCCUGUGAUCAUAAAAACAACAUUGCCUUGUCAUGAUGCCAUCUAGUGACAGAAUUAGGAACUAUCACAGUGUCUGACUGUGGCCUACCUGUUUCCCAUGCAGGUGUUUGUAGAAGUCUACAACGUGACUGCAGACCCCUUUCAGCUAACAAACAUCGCAAAGACCAUUGACCAGGAGGUUCUGGAGAAGAUGAACCACCGGCUGAUGAUGCUGCAGUCCUGCGCCGCACAGUCAUGUCGGACACCUGGCGUGUACGAUCCAAGGUCAGUUAAAUUCUGCAGAUAUUAAAAAAAAACUCAUCAUGGUAAACACCUUAGGAAAUGUUUAGAAAUCACGAACAGAAAAAAAUAAAUAAAUGCAGAUAAUCACUUACAUUUACUUUUCUAACACAGUCAUCAUCUUCCUUUUUUUUGUUUCCUCAGUUAUAAAUUUGACCCUCGGCAGAUGUUUACCAGCCACAGCUGGCGGCUCAGCAGACUCCGACAGAAGAUGAAAUAAGAGGAGGAGCAGACAGGGACGAGGAGAAGACGGACAGAGGAGGAAGAGGGGCUGUGUUGUUGUUUGUAUUCAGCCUUUCCUGCUGUUGUUGCCUUGAUUUUAGGCCUCCUGAGCCAGUUUCUCUGUAGACGGAUGGAGAAGGGAGCAGGUGGGGUCAUAUUGUAGGAGUAGGUGGAGACAGGAGGCCUCUUUGGGUGCAGGACCCGCCUGUAAAGCUUCAAGUUCGGGCUGUUGUUUCAUGAGUUUUGCAGGUUGAUGUGCAGGGAAGCCAAAUUAUUCAGGAUGGAUUAAGACGCCCAAGCCAUUUACUCACAUUUCAUGAGAUUACGAGCACUGAAUGUCAGUCAUAUCCAUUUCAAAAAAAUGACCCGGUUCUCGUAGUUUUUUGAUUGUUUUUCUUUUUUGUGAGACUUUCAUAUCACUAAUCCACACAGUAGCCAGUGAACAAGACGUUUUUUUAUAUACUUGUUAAAAUACAAGGUGCCUCGAUUUUGUUUUGCUGCUUUUAUGUGGUCCAAAGGCGGCUGUAAUGUGUUGGGAAUUUGGCGUUACACAGGAGUUGUUGGCAUAGACAUAAAUACAAAUAUGAAGCUGAGCCAAUUUAACAGACACACAGGGUUUCAUCACUCUGGUUACGUUAGGGAGAAAGGACAAUUUUAUCAGACUUCAAUCUAAAGUCCUCCUCAGAUUAUUAGUGUUUUAUCUGCGACAUUUCAUUGCUAUAGGUCAAAAUGUUUCCUAACUCAUCUACCUAAUUCUUUGGAAAACCAUCCGCAUUCCCACUUGAGUUUUCCCAAUAAAUUGAGCAUAAAACAUCAUUUUUUCAUCCCUUUCACAAACAGUAGUUACUCUUUAGUACCCUCAAUUAUCCAUAAUGCAAUUAGUUCAUUUAAGUUAUUAAUUAUAGAAAAUGUAAGUCAAGUUUCAUAAAAGUUAAAGGCACAUUUUUCUAUUUGUGCUUGAGAAACAAAACAUUUUAUCUAUUAUUGAUCAAAAGCGUCAGUCCAAUUACAGAGCCUGUCACUAAAACCAGGUGAACUAAACACCAGGUAUGUUCAAAUUAAGAUUCUCCUGUGAUAACAAACAAAUAAAAUGAAUUUUGAAGCCCUCAGGUAGUAAUCAACAGGCUACUGUCACAUAAUAGUUUCAUUCAAACCAUUCAAACCACCAAACUUUUGACAUUUUGAGGUGCAGCAACGAAUCCUUCAGUUCAACAAAUCUGACCCAGAGAAAAAUGUUAAUACACCACAAGUGAAAGUGAAAAGGUUAACAUGUGAUGUGAGUUUGUUGGUGAUACUUGUAGAUCACAAAAGUCUUUAAAACAUCAAGACUUAAGGAAUAUUUGAAGGAUAGAAGAGUUAAUGUGAUCCUAAAGAAAAGAGCACCAGGUUAAGUUUCUCAAAAGACACAAAAUAUGGUUGUUUUAUCCUCUAUGAGUGCCUAUACUGACAGAGCCUAAACAAAUAUCCCUGAGUUUACUUUACUAUAGAUUUAAAUAGGAAACAAAAAUAACCAUUACUUUCUGUUCUGUCAGAGCAAAUUUAAAGGAAACUCAGUUGGUCAACUACCGAGCUCCUUCAGUCCUCCAAAUGAGAUCAUUUUUAUGCUGUACAUACAGGCUUUGAGGAAGCAGUCGGGUAAAUCAUGUAUUGUAAAUGGACAUCUACUUAUAAUGCGCCUUUUUAAUUUUUCCAGUCACUUCACGCACUUUUUUUUUACACUGUUUACAUUCACACCACAGUCAUACUGUGAUAGAAGGACCAUCACUGAAAGCCAGCAAAGGGCUCUCGUGUCAAGCUAUUUGUCUCAGUUUAACGGUCGUUUUGUGUUUCUACUCCUACUUGGUCUAGUACAGUUUGUUACGGUUUAGUACGGUAAUUUUAGUGCUAUUUGUUUUUGUACCAACCCGGCAUGGUUGUUCGGUAAAUGAAGUAAUUCGCACCGCUAUUCUUUGAGCUUGCAGUGAACUGUUACAGGAAGGUUGUUAUGAAUCACAUUGGCUGCCUUAAGCUAUGCUAUACUGUUAAACUACAUAAAGUUACAGGAUAUAUUUUGUCUAUUACGAUCCUCCUCAUGUCUGUGCCCCUUUAACUGCUGUUUGUGUCUCUGAAAUAAGUGCCGGUUUGUAAACCCAAAUAUUUCUUAAUAAUAAUAAAUCAUCUAAUGAGAUCAGUUACUGAUCAAACAAAGUUAGGUUCAUGAAGACAAUUCUGUUAAAUCUGUUUUUUACCCUCCUAUUUGUGGUAUAAGUAUGAAUCAAGUCAGUGACCGGAAUGCACAAGGUAGAAAUGAUCCCCUUUGGAGGCUCUGUAGUUGGCUGUAAUUUCUUAAUUUUCAAUUUGACAAAGCGAACAUCAGCUCCUUAGCAAAUAGUGUUGAAUAAAUGCAUCGAGUGCUGUAGAAAAAGAGGUCAAGAACCAUCCCAUAUAUCAGAUUUUAUUGACUUUUAUACGCCAAAGAACUUAUUUUUUUGUUGUAAAUCCACAUUCAGACAAAUAAUCUGGCUUUUUUUUUCGUCAAGGGAACCGGAGCGACGCUGACUGUUAUGUCAGAGAAUACUUUAGAGAAAAAUUUUACAUAAAUUUAAGUGAUUUCUUAGGAUUGUUAGUGGCGUCAGUGAAGCCUUAAUCUAACCAAACAUCUACAGAUAUAAUUACUGAAAUCAAAUGAUCAAACAACUUUAAUUUAGAUUUUUUUCUCCUGUACUUCGAUUAACUUGAUAGCACCUUUUUUUAAUGUAGGAUUUUUUUAAUUUCUAACUUUUUUGUUUUGAAUCUGUUUGGAAGUCAUAUUGAUUUCUUGUUUGGGUUUUGAACUUUUGUAUCUUGAACAUUUCAUAUUUAGUGAUCAGCUUUAUUGAUAGAAACACAUUUUAUAUGUUGGGGAACACAAGUCUUCUAUAAACAAACUAUCUCUCCAGCUUUGUAAAUUGAACUGGUCGAUAAACUUCCUAAAGGGAAAAAAGGAAGAGCUAAUUUGAGAGAGAGAGAGACAAGAAAUCCACCAAAUAAUUCACCUGGAUCAGUUUCAGCUUUUACAGGAUUGAUUUUAGAACUUUUGAAUUCUAAUUUAAGGUUUUAUUUGAUCAGUGAGCUUGUAAUUAUGAUGAAGAAUGGAAAAACUGUCUAUAUGUGAUAUUUUUACUCAAAUGACUUUCUCCUCCAAACAGUAAGGGAAUUUCUUCAGAUCAUGUUUGUGUUUAUAUCAAAUUACAUCUUGAACAAAAAUAAAUGCGUAAAUAAAAUAAGGUCAGACUGUCACUUCAUGAAGCAGAAACCUGUGGGGAUUGUAGUUCUUUACACACUAAUAUGUUUUACAUUAAAGCUGCCUUCAGCCAGUAUAUCUGUGGUGACAACUUAAUGCUAAAAUUUUGCAGAUGAAUAACAUCCAACCAAAGAUCUGAUCAGACUUCUGAAGGACCCUCCGGUGAAUCACAUGCAAAGUCUCUCAGUCCUGGUUAAUCUGCAGAAAAAAAGUCUCAUCACAGACUGAAUCUGUUUUUACAUAUUUUAAUUUAAAUGUGAACUGUCGUGUCUUGUGGUUAGUAGUGAAUCAAUGAUCUGUGGCGCUCACAGCUCUUUCCUCCUCUGUAGUCAGUCUGUUCAGGAUCACCUGGACUGAAUUUGUGAUAUUCUACAUUUUUGUGAAAAGUCCUCAGGACUCAACAAACACGCUGUGAUUACUUUUCUUUUCAAGCUGAUCACGUUGUUUCAAUUCACUGAUGCACUUUCCAAUCUGUCAGAACUGUUUGAUUUUGUUGGAGACCAUAGUUUUAUUUUUCAGAGCCGUUGAUGAUGAUGAUGAUAAUGUAUUUUAGGCUUGUGUUUUUGUCUGAAUAAAACAAUUAAAAAAAA